AUGCUCGUCAACAAAGUACCACCCGAAACCCUCACCGUCCCUCCAACAGCCCACUCCCCCAACUCAACCCGUCCCGUCCUCGUUUACAGGAAUGCCUUGAUCGACAAGACACCCCAAGGAGCCGCAGAUGCCAUAGAACAGUCUGAAUGGGUGUAUGGAGGCCACUGGAAAAUAGCAGAAAAUACACUGGCAGCCGUCCCUCAUUACCACUCCGUCACCCAUGAGGCAUAUACAGUCCUCCAUGGGACGGGUACAUACCGCCUGGGGAAGUCAUCCCUCGAUCCCGAGGUUGAUGCCAAUGGUGAGGAGGUUGGUGUGGUGUUCACUGCUCGCGCGGGGGGUGUGUUUGUGUUUCCUGCUGGUGUUACACAUUGUGUCACUAGUACCUCGGACAACUAUGAGAUUAUCGGGUGGUAUUCGCUAAACGACAAAAAUUCCCGAGCUCAGCCAUGGGACUACGAGGAGGCACUUGACUCACCGGAGGAAACAAAUAGAAAACGUUUAAUUUGUGAAUCGGUGUCUACGCCAGCUCUUGAUCCCGUUUAUGGGAAAGAGGGCCAUUUACCUAUCGUCUGGAAACGAGACUGA